AUGGGCUCACUAGCGAGCGGUGGUGCCGGCGGAAGAAGCACCGGAGACGGGAUCGGCCUGGAGCUCCUUCCGGGAUCGGGAGGUGCAGGUCACGGGAAGGAUGCGGGAAGGACUGGAUCGUUAUAUAUUAAUUUUAUUGAUUUUUUUACAUUGCUGACGUCCAGAGCUUCUCACAGGAUAUUCUUGGAUGUUCCCAGCGACAUCACAAUUGAUGUGAAUGGGGCAUGCUUCUCAUUACACAAGUUUCCUCUUGUUUCUCAAAGUGGCCAAAUCCGAAAGUUGAUGGCAGAACACAAGGAUGUGGAUAUCUCAAGGGUGGGUUUGCUUAAUUUGCCAGGCGGUUCUGAUGCAUUUGAACUUGUUGCUAAAUUUUGCUAUGGUGUGCACUUUGAGAUCACACCUGAAAAUGUUGCUCAACUAUUGUGUGUGUCUGAGUACCUUGAGAUGACUGAUCAAUAUGCUGCUGAAAAUCUGGCUUCCCGCUCAGAAGCUUACCUUGAUGGUGUUGUCUGCAAAAACCUUGAAAUGUGUGUUAAAGUUUUGCAGCAAUGCGAGAGCUUGCUUCCUCUUGCUGAUAAACUGAAGAUUGUUAGCAGGUGUGUUGAGGCAAUUGCUUCAAAGGCAUGUGCCGACCAGAUAGCCUCAAGUUUUACACGCUUAGAAUAUAGUACUUCAGGUAGGCUACACGUGAACAAACAUGCAAAGAGCAAUGGAGACUGGUGGAUUGAAAAUCUCUCUAUUCUUCGCGUUGAUUUGUAUCAGAGGGUCAUAGAAGCUAUGAAAUGUCGAGGAGUCCGACCGGAGAGUAUUGGGUCAUCACUUGUCCAUUUUGCAGAGAACAAUUUCAAAAAGGUACCAAGUAUAUGGAACAUAGCCAGUCAUCCAAGACUUGAGUUGGUUAAUGGAUCUCUUACCUGUGAAAGAAGGUUGGUGGUUGAAUGCAUUGCUAGCCUUUUGCCUGUCGAAAAACAUUCUGUUCCAAUUGGUUUUCUUUUUGGACUCUUAAGGUCAGCAAUGAUGCUUGACUGUAUGAUGUCCUGUAGGCUAAAUCUUGAGAGAAGAAUUGGAUCCCAGCUGGAGUUGGCAGCCCUUGAUGAUAUAUUGAUACCUUCUUGUCAAAAUGCUGGAGACACAUUAUUUGAUAUUGAAACUAUUUAUAGGAUUCUUGUGAUUUUCUCACAGCAGGAAGGUAGUGAUGAUGAUGGAUCUAGUUAUGAUUCUGAAUGUCUUAACACUCCCUCUCAAACUGCGAUGGUCAAAGUUGCGAAAUUGCUGGACAAUUAUCUUGCUGAGAUUGCUCCAGAUUCAAACCUCAAGCUUGCCAAAUUUAUUGCUAUUGCAGGCACCUUACCAGGAUAUGCUAGGACAACCGAUGAUGGUCUUUAUCGUGCAAUUGACAUCUAUUUAAAAGUUCAUAAAGAACUGUCGGAUUUGGAAAGGAGAAGACUUUGCAAAAUAGUUGAUUUCCAGAAGCUCUCCGAGGAAGCUAGUUCUCAUGCUUCUCAGAAUGAACGCCUCCCUCUUCAGGCAACAGUGCAGCUGCUCUACAUAGAACAGAUGAGACUCGGAAACGCUCUAGGUUGCUCUCACCUUGAUGACAAGCAGAAGUUAUCCCAUCAGUCCCAGCGAGUAGGAAGCUGCAUGGUUAGUGGAGUCACUUCUCCUCGAGAUAACUAUAUAUCUCUCAGAAGAGAGAACCGAGAGCUAAAGCUUGAGCUUGCACGGAUGCGAGUCCGGCUUAAUGAUCUUGAGAGAGGUCAUUCCUGCAUGAAACAAGGCCUCAAGAAUUCCAGCUCUCAGAAAUUGUUGAAUUCUAUUGCAAGAAAGAUAGAAAAUCUUAGCUUAUUUGGGCGCAGUCCUUUCAGAGGAGAUAAUUCACCAUCUAAAAAUUCUCAGAAAUCAGACACCAGUCUCACUUGAAGAACAUGAAACUUUAUUCAUUCAUUCUUCUUCAAUCCUGUAAGAUUUUUUUCUCAGUGAGAGUAGGAUCAAAUGCUAGUGUUGUACUGUUGUUAUAUAUAAGAUUGUGUUUUGGUGAUUAUUAUUUUCGUAAUUGUUUGAAUGAGAACUGAAAACUGGUACUUCCAAUCUAAUAAGAAAUGAUGUGUCCGAGUAAAAUGUUGCA